CGGCUUGGAAAGCAAGUGUCAAACGCUCAUUCGCGUUCGAGGGAACGGCAACCGGAUUCGCGAAAUCACGCACUUGUUUUCGCAUACCCAGUACGUCGAGAGCAAACCCUCGGACAAGGCAGACAAAGAUGCAGGGGGAGCGAAAGCGGGAAGCAAGGUUAAGGCCUUCCGCAAUCGUAAUCCCUCUCGUGAGAAGUAACAUCUUGUUCGGGAAGAAUUUUCAUUUUGAAGGGAAAAACUGUCCUAGAAGAAUGUAGAGGCGACAGAGUUCGAUUAUGGUCGUAAGCUCUAAGAAGACGGGCGAGAAACAGUCUCGGGAGUACGUAGUCGUGUACUCGCGACUCCAGUAUCUGUGCUUGCAGCGCAAUCCGCUAGAGUCCUUUAUCAUUUGCCGCGUCGGCGGCAACCACGUAGCCAGCAAGCUGCUGCCGUCACUCGUGGAACUGUAUCUAGACAUUGUCCGCACCAAGCCGUACAAGUUUUACGAGGACUACAGCAGGAAUAACACAUCGGUUGACAAUAGCGUAGCGAAUAGCAGUGCGUCGGAGGUGGAGACGGUCAGCGAAGUCGGGAGCAGCAGUGCCGCAGAUGCACAGGAGAAAGGAGGCGCUUUUGUUAAGGCUCACAAUGAUUCGUUUCCACAGAGCUUUCUGGGCAUGUAUCUUUAGGAUUAGGGAAUCCUUAGGCUAUGAAUUAUCGUGAGCAGCUCUAAUUUUGGUUGCGGAGCACGUCUUCUACGCGACCACAUGUCGGAGGACACGGAGGCGCACGUCUGGACAGAGGAAAUGCUAGCGGAAGACGAGCCAGAAAAUUUUCUGAAGCGCAACGUUUUGGUAUACCUGAAAAACUUACCACGGCUUUGGGUUCUACAGCUGAAUAUGUACUACCCGUCGCGACGCACCGGCUUGUUCUCCUGGUACCCUGAAAGCAGUGGUGUUGGUCUCUGCAGCGCAAAUAGGAUUUCGCCGUUGCCCAUACACGGAGAUGAGAUGAUACUGGACCCGUCAUCUAGUAGUGGACUUAGGACCACUUCUGCAUCGAUGUUGAAAAGUUCGCAAGAGCAGCAGCAUGAAGACCGCGCAACGCCAGGACGACCUGGCGCUAUUUCUUGUAGUGUCCAGCAGAACGAAGUGGAGUUUGCAAGUGCUCCAGUAGCGUCGCAGGGAUCAUGUGGCAGCGAAAGCGAGACCCACCAAGGCGCAACCUCGGUCUCGACUACUACACCA